AAGACUGGAAGUUGUGUAGGGGAACACGUAAAGGCGGUGCAGCAGAACUGCUGGAUAAGGAGACGGAAGCUAAAAGUCCAGGUGUGGUCAAAGGUCUACUCGGCGAACUGAAAGAGGUCUUGAGAAACGAGUUCCAGCUGCUCGACCGGGAGAAGUGGUCGGAAACCGAGUUGACAACGAUCAAGGAGAAUUAUGCGUCUUGUAUCUCCAUGAUAGACCAAGCUGAUGCUUUGCAUGAAGUGUUUGAGGAAGUAAAGGAGUCUGUCAACAAGUUUCUGAAUCCUCUACGGAAGCAACGCGGAGACCCACCUCUGGAUGGGGCAGAGAGCCCUGCAGAAAGCGUGAAACAAGUCGAGGUUAAGAGCAAUGGGAAGCGCGCGCUCUCUCCUGACCCGUUCCUUGCUCGUUUUAAAAGAGCGAAGACGGACAUGCACGCUGAUGACGAGGACAAACAUCGGGAGUCUGAGCGGGCAGUCACCGACGGGAAUGGAGACGUGGACAGUAUCGCCGAGGACAGGAACAAUGGCGAAUCCGAUUACGAGCAAGAUGUAGAUGACGAGGAGGGGUCUGAAGAGAACUAUGAAAAUGGAGAUGAUCCGGAUGGAGACUCCAGCUGGGGAUCUUGUUGAGAACGUACUCUUGGGUUGCACCUUCCUCCUGAAAACGCCGAGCCGAGUGUGCACAAAAUUAAUACGUGGGUAUCGU